AUGUCUGUCGCCCAAAUCUUGGUUCUUUUCGCCGGUUUGUUCGCCGCCUGCUCGGCCGGUUUGUUGCCAGCGGCGGUCCCAGCGGCGUACGCAGCGCCCAUUCCAGCGGCGUACGCAGCGCCUAUUCCAGCUGCUUUGACGGUGGGGACUUAUGCGAGCAGCUACAACGCUCACGCUAUUAAUCAUGCGUACGCUGCACCGUACUACGCCAGUCCCGUGGUCGCCCAUGCUGCCCCCGUCGCCCAUUACGCCUAUUCGGGCCUUCCUGCCGCGGCACUCAUCGCCGGCAGACGCUGA